GAUUUGCAGAUUUCAUGACAUUUUAAUUUUUAUGUUGUGAAAAAAUUUGCUAACUUUAGGGGUUUUUAUUUGUUUAUUCCCCAUAUUUAUUAAUUAUAAUCUGAAAAUUAUUGAAUAAAUUCCCUUAAAAAUGGGUGUCCCUAAAUUCUUUAGAUACAUGAGUGAACGCUAUCCCUGUUUAAGCGAACUUAUCAGGGAAUAUCAGAUUCCCGAAUUCGACAACAUGUACCUGGACAUGAACGGCAUCAUCCACAUGUGUUCGCAUCCCGACGACAACAAUCCCCAUUUCCGUAUCACAGAACAGAAAAUUUUCGAAGACAUAUUCCACUACUUGGAAGUCUUGUUCCGUAUGAUCAAGCCUCAGCAGCUUUUCUUCAUGGCUAUCGAUGGCGUGGCGCCCAGGGCCAAGAUGAACCAGCAAAGGGGUCGACGUUUUCGGUCAGCAAAAGACGCUGAGAAACAAGAAAUUGAAGCUCAAAAGAAAGGGGAAACUUUGCCUACAGAGGCCAGGUUCGAUUCGAAUUGUAUUACCCCUGGGACGGUUUUUAUGGCACGUUUACAGGAGCAAUUGAAGUAUUUUUGCAAAAAGAAAAUUUCUACUGAUCCUUUGUGGAGAAAUGUGAAAGUUAUUUUAUCAGGACAUGAGACUCCUGGAGAAGGCGAACACAAAAUCAUGGACUACAUAAGGUACAUCCGAGCUCAACCGGGCUACAAUCCCCACACGAGACACUGUUUGUACGGACUAGAUGCAGACUUGAUCAUGUUGGGACUUUGCACGCACGAACCGCAUUUCAGUUUGCUCAGAGAAGAGGUCAAAUUCGGGAAACAAUCCAGCAAACGGCAAUCGGUCCCUGAGGAAAUUACGUUUUUUUUGUUACAUUUGUCUUUGAUGAGGGAAUAUUUAGAGUUGGAAUUUGCACCUGUUAAAGAUAAGUUAGUGGGGUUUGAGUAUGAUUUUGAAAAGAUAAUUGAUGAUUGGGUUCUUAUGGGUUUCUUGGUAGGAAACGAUUUUAUUCCACAUUUGCCUCAUUUGCACAUAAGCAAUGGGGCACUACCAAUUUUAUAUAAUGCUUAUAUGGAAGUCUUGCCCACAUUAGAUGGCUAUAUUAAUGAAGGUGGAACAUUGAACUUGGCAAGAUUCGAGAAAUUCAUGCAAAAACUUUCUGCUUUUGAUACGGGCAAUUUUGAAGAAAUUAGAGGCGAUUUGGAUUGGAUGGAAUCUAAAACUGGAAGGAAAGCGACUGCACAUUCACAAGUUUCCACUUCAGGCCCUAGGGAACUUGAAACAUGGCAGGCAGAGGGCGCUGAUGAUGAGGAUUUUAUGAAAUUUGAGGCUUUAGAGCCAGAAAGUGCACCUGCAAAAGAUUCAGGAUUAGCGGCUCUAAUUCAAGCUACAGACGAACUCGAUAUUGAAUCCGAUGAAGAUGAUGACGAAGAUGAAGAUAAGGCUUUUAAAUAUUACAAACGUGAAUAUUACAUGAAUAAAUUGGAAUAUGCCAAUGUGACUCCGCAAGUUUUGAGAAGCCAAGCAGAAGGUUACGUUGAAGCUAUUCAAUGGAAUCUACAUUACUAUUAUAAUGGAGUAUGUUCGUGGUCCUGGUACUAUCCCCACCAUUAUGCGCCCUAUAUUUCAGAUAUCAAAGGUUUUGCUGAUUUUAAGUUCAAUUUCGAUUUGGGGACCCCUUUUAAACCCUACGAACAACUUCUUGGAGUUUUGCCAGCUGCUAGCAAGAGCCUGCUUCCAGAGCCUUAUCAUAAAUUAAUGCUCAACGAUGACUCCUUAAUCAAACAGUAUUAUCCGGAAGACUUCCAAACUGAUAAAAAUGGCAAAAGACAAGAGUGGGAGGCUGUGGUAUUGAUACCGUUCAUGGACGAAAAAUUGCUUUUAGAGGCAAUGAAGCCUUGCAACGAAGAAUUAACUGAGGAAGAAGUCCGAAGAAAUACCCACGGGCCAAUGUUGGUUUACACUUACACAAACAAGGAUUUGGGCAAGUGCGACGCUCCAGAAUAUUUUCCUCCAAUACAACGUGUUCACUGCAAAGAGGAGAAGUUUGAGAUUGCAAACUUGAGAGUUCCAAUUAAUAAACUUGUCAAGGGUGCUUAUCCUGGAAUUACUAUGGAUUUAUAUUAUCCUGGAUUCCCAACAAUGAAACAUCUUAAAUAUACUGGAGAAUUAAAACAGGCCAGAGUCAAAGUGUUCGAACAACCCAGUCGCUUUGAAAGUAUGAUAGUAAAAAUCCAGCAUGAUAAAAUCAAUCCCGAUGAUUUUCCUGUUGAAUUGCUAGGGACAAGUGUUUUUGUUGGUUGGCCCCAUUUAAUGGAAGGAAGGCUUUAUGCCAUUUCAAAUAGUAGAAUUAAAUAUGUAAGUAGGGGCGAAGCGAAUCAGUAUAACAGUGAAGACGUCAAGGAUGGCGUUUUUAAAGAGGAAGCUUCAAUGGCAAUUGAAAGAUACAAGCAUCGUUUGGGUAUAGAGGUGGGAGAUGUCAAAAUCUUAUUUCAUGUUCAAAUAAUGACUGGAAGAAAGUAUGUGUUUUCACCAAAUGGACGGUUAACAUUGGAAAAACAAUUUGCCGAAAUGACAGCAAAUUAUCCAAUACAAACAGUAGUGACCAAUAUUGAAACAUACGAUGCAAAUAAGACGUUAUUCAGGGACGUGCAAGACGUUUUUCCAGAGGGCGUUAUUUGUUUUUCAUUGGGCAAUCCUCAUUAUGGCGCUCAAGGAAUUGUUACUGACAGUAAAGAAGCACAUAAAACUGGCAGAAUUAAAGUGUGCUUGUCAUCAAUGGAAGAGCCAAACUUUAGUAGUGUCAGAAGAUUGAAAGAUGAUCUUUUGAGAAGUUACAAGACUGCAUAUAAUGCGGCCAGCCAAUUAGGAAUGAGUCACUUUUUAUAUUCUCGCAUCACUGGUUCGAUAUUUGUGGAAACUCCAGACGGAGAGGGUGGAUUCAAGAAUGUGAAUGUUGGUCUUAAUUUGAAAUUCAACAAAAGGAAUCAAGAAACUCCUGGGUACACUAAAAGAAUCGAUACCACGUGGUAUUACACUGACAAAUGCACCCAAUUGGUCAGGGAAUAUUCAGAAAACUUUGGCCAGUUAUUUAAGUAUUGUGCUGAGCAAGGCGGAAAUGAUAAUAUUAAGGUUGAAGUUCUUUUUGGAGACGAUUGGGAGGAAAAAAUCAAAAAAGUACAGGUUUGGUUGAGAGGCUUGCCAACCCACAAUAUUGAGAGACAACAAUGUGGUAGUCAGGUGACAGAGCCUGAAGUUGUUGAGGAAAUUGAAAAAAUAAUAGAUAAUUAUUGCAUUUCUGAUAAUUCAAGAUCAAAAAGAAUUCAAAUGUCUGUCAAACCUUCAUUUCUUUAUAAGCCUGAAUUACAAAGUGGAACUUUGCCACCUGAUCCGAAAAUGCAAGUGGAACUUUUCGAUAGAAUAGUAAACACCCGUAGCGGCUUCAGCGUCCCUUUCGGCCUAAAAGGGACUAUCAUAGCGAUCGCAGAAUCCCCUAGCGGAAACGAACGCGACACAAUGUACGACGUCGUUUUCGACAAACCAUUCCAGGACGGUCUGCAACUAAAUUGCUCGCCUGGUCGCGGCUAUAAGUUACCCAGGACGGCUUUCAUUGACAUUUCGUACGGUAAACGAGUUUUAGAUAAGAGAACCGGCAAAGAUGUUGCUUCUAGUAGCACCAAACAAGAAAAUCCUUGGGAUAGGAAUAAGGGGCAAAAAUUCUUCAACAUGAAUAAUAGUGCAAGGGAAAUACCUGAUCAGUAUCCCAACUAUCCUAAAAAAGUUGCUUCUCAAGAAAAAACUCAAGGCUCAGCUUUUGUGCCAUUUAAUAGUAAUCUCAGAGGAUUUCCUAAUGAAGUAGACUCAAGUCAACAUGAAUCUAAAAAAGAAACUCCUCAAAUACCAGAGACAAGUGCAAUAAAACAUUACAAGGCUGCGUCUUCACAAGCAAAUGAGCCAGACACAAAACAUUACAAGGUUACAGGUGAGCCUCCUCAAAUUCUAGAUGUCAGUAUUUUGAAAAAAAUGAAGGUUGCUCCAUUAGCUAUAGAUGUAUCAGAGCUGAUUCCUGAACAGAUUCGAAUGAAACAGUCAGAUAAAAGCGCAACAUUGCCAGAAAAUGGGGAAAAUAAAGCAAAAGAAAAUGGAACAAAGACAAAGGAUCGCUCAGUUUCAGGCAAGGACUGGUAUAAACCGUUCUCAGGUUUUGCUAAGGACGAUGCUGAUCAGCUAAAAAAUCCAAAGGAAAGUAAAAAUACUACUGAACAAGGUAUGCCAAGUUUUGAUCUAAUUAAAGAGCCUGAUAUGUUGGGACUUUUCUUGUCUAAGGAAGUAAGAGAGAGAGAAACUCCUGUUGAAAGAGAAACAACACGUCCCCCCAAUCGUGUCAACACUGACUUUCUCAAGAGAAUUUUAAAAAUUGAUAAAAUACCAACCAAAACGGAAACCGAACCAGUAACAGCGCCUGAAGUUUGCCCCAAUGUAUCCUUUGAUAUGUUAGCUGAAAAAGUUGCAAAUGUACCGGCCAGCAUCCGAUUAUUAACCUACUAUCAAUCCAAUGGACUCGGUGUACCACAAUAUCUGUACGUACCAUUGGAAAACAAAUGUAAAGCAAAUAUUGUCCUCACCGAUGGUGAAGUAGUAUUGGGCGACUUGGCAGACUCGAAACAAGAUGCUAUAGAAAACGUCGCUAAUAAGGUUUUGCAGUUGCUAAUGAAAAAAGUGCCAACGAUAACUGAAAAAGCAGUGUCUGAUCAAAAUUUACCAAUACCACCUAAAAACUGGGUAAAAUCGAAAGAAAUUGAAUUAGUCCCUCAAGAUGAAGCUCUUAAUGCGGUACUACAGAAUCCGUUUGUUCCCACCCAAGUGAUUAAAAAUAAUAAUAAAUCGACUGAUGGUAGUUUACAAGAUGUUGUUGUGAAGCAAGAAAAUGUAUCUUCAGCCAAUGGAAAUGCGAAGCAGGACAAAGGCGAGACUGGUGCUAAUGGAAGUAACCAGAAUAAGAAGACUAAACCAAAAACCAAAAUUGCAGCCAACUUUUUGAAUAAAUUCCGAUAGGAUAAGGAUAAAUCAACUUUUUAUUUUCUUUUAGCUUUUAGCAGUUUAUUUCAGUUACAGUAAACAACAAUUUACUUUUAUAAGAAAUAAAUUAUUUUUUUAAUGGCU